AUGGUUGCAGUUAACGAAGAAGACGCAUAUUUGGCUCGUCCCGAAGGCCCCGACCAGAAUGAGAUCUCCGUACAAGCUAGCCAAGGACUACCACUUGCUCUGCCUUGGGGACUCGAAGUCAUCCGUCUGGGUACCACAUUUCAUUCUGAACGACAAAAUACAAUGAACCCCUGGUCCGAAGAAACGCCGUUUAUACUCUCUGAGCUUCACAUGAUCAAAAAGGAGCUGCACGCAGAGUACGGCACAAACUCAACAUUCAAGAAAGUCGCGACGCAUAAAACGUGCGAAACAGGAGAUCAUCUAAGUCUUGGAUUUGGCGUUGGUGUUGGAUUGCCAUUCGUGGCCUCUCCUCGACUAACUAUGGAGGCAAUCAAGGAGAUUAAAUACGGGGGCGGCUAUGAGGGCCUGUGCAAAAGAUAUGGUGACUACUAUGUGUCUGGCUACAGACUCGGAGGAGACACAGGCAUCUUGAUGAGCGCCUCGGGGAGAUCACGAACAAAGAUUGAAAAGUAUGGCAUCACAGCAACUUUGACUGUUUUCUUCGUGUCAGCCAGCAAGCAUUGGGAGAAAGAAUUCCAGUCAUUCCGUUCCGGUCGACAGGUGAGACUCCUCGGAUAUGAUACAUUGGAAAACAAGAAUUGGCAAAACUUCAGUGCAGCAGGCGACGAUGUAAAGGAGAUGGAGGCCUGGGCUUCUCGUGGUUCCGCAAUGGAUGCCGACUCACUUCGAGCCGAUACCGAUGCGAUCAUGACACGGUCAGAAAACCUUCUUGAAAGAGUGGGCGAGGUGCUGGAAAAACACGGGUAUCAGAAUGGCCAGAGCCUUACAUUUGCUCAGUGCGAGGGGCUUGUACAAGAGGGAAUUGUUGUUGAACUUCUUCUGCAGCCAAUGUCGAGAUUGCGAGAUGUGAUUCGGUGGAUGAAUGAGAGAGACAUUAUUUAG